AUGAUGAAAAUGAUGAAUGUUAACUUGUGUCAACGUAGUAUUAUGUUGGGGGUGUUUCAUAGAAUGUUUCAGUGAGUUUUGAGCAUGUUUUAGAUAGUUGAAGAACGUUUAAUUUCCGAGACUAGUUGCCGUUUCGCGGGCUUCAGACAGCCUGCCAUGUGUGACCUGAGCAAAGGCUUGCAGGUAGAUUAGCUGUUGCGCAUGGGAAGUAUUUUUUUGCUUACCUGAGUAAAACCUUACAGGCAUAUCGCCUUAUCUUUUUGUAAUGACUUUACAGUGUGUUGAUUGUGGGCUCCUACACCUGAUCUUAACAGUUUAAUGUUACAGAUGUUAUAUUGGUUAAAGUCAUACAUAUGUAAAUACUGAUAGAACAUGUUAUUUUAUAGCUUUAUGUUUUACAUUGAGCACGUUAGAAGUUCUUCCUGAGUAGCAACUUUGUACACAACUGCAGAUUUGACAUCUGUUGUUAGUACAGUCUAAUAUUACUGUAAAGAUUGCUAUAGUAUUUUUCUUGUUUUACCUUAUGUAGGUGAUUACAAACAAUGUGCUAAAGGUAGACAACUGUUUGAGACAUUUGGGAAUUGACUUUUUGCACUUUAAUAACAGUAUAAUUGAUGUAUAAUUGUAGUCAUUCAAACGAAGAAAUAUGAUGUAUGUAAGAAGGUUUGUAUUUUGAUGUGAAGUUAAAUAAGAAGCAAUCCAGACCAUCAACCGAAUCCCGUCUUCAUUGUGGCUGCUGCACUUUUCUGCUUUUCUACAGAUUUCUUUAUUGUUGCUAUGGUGCCCAAGUUUUGGGACCCGUAACAUAAAGAAUCCACACACAAACAAGAACCAGAUCAUGGUGGCCAGGAAGAUGCACUUAAUCUAUUAAGCAUUUUGACUUCCCACUCUCAUAAUUGGAUCUAGCUAAUUGCUGCAAUUAUGAUGCAUUCAACAACCAUAAGAGCUCAUGUUACUGCACUCCACUCGACCUCCAUUUAUUGUUCAACAGGUGGUGAGUUAAGUGUUAUUUGUGCUUGUAUAUUUUUGAAUUUGCUGCUUAGGUUGGAUUUGUUAGAAGAACUGAUCAAAUUGUAGAUGAAUGCAGUUUCCUGGGCGUAGUAUGAUUUAGUGACGUGUUUGUGGAGUGUAUCCAACAAAAAGACCUCAAUCGCUACGCAAUGUGUGAACCAUGAAGUUAAACAGAGCAUGCUGAAAAUGUUCUACAUGUGCGGAAAAUAAAAGCAAUGCUCCGAUUAGCAUUAGCUGGCUGCAUUACAGAAAUUAGGUUGAGAUAACUAUGCCUGCACUUUCAACAUCUCUCAGAAGGGUCAAAACACUUAAGGCAGCUUUCUGCCUCCGCCAUUAAUAAUUCUGUGCGGUGCCCUUAAUGCAUUAUCGAGCUAAUAACAGAUGAAUCAAUGUCUCAUGGACAGUCAGUGUUGAUAUAGCAACUGUUUUGCUGAUGCCUUUUCACUAAAUGAGUUAUAGAUUAAUUAUCCUGCUCUUCCAACACAAAGGCCUUUCAGCUGCAAACAUGAGUUUGCCAAUUUCCACAGUAGUAUCCGCAGUCCAUUUAGUGACUGUAAAUCACUCUCAUUAGCAACAUACAAAGGAAAUGAUGUGGAAGACUAAAUUCUUUCAUCAUAACUCAACAAGGAUUGUUGGUUGACCCUUAAAGGGUUAGGGUUACUUUUCAUGCUCAUUUUCAGGUUCAUAUUUGUAUUUUGUGCAUCCACUGAUAUUUUUCUCAUACUGCAGUCCUAUUUUGUGAUGUCACUAUGUUACCCUAGCGCUUACUGAAGGACACUAAGGAGUCCAAAGGAGGCAUUUCAGGCCCGGGGAAAAAACCCCAAAAGCUCUAUAGGGCGUCUCCUUUGCUUUACAACCGGACACCUCAGGUAUAGAGCGUGAUAUUGACUCUUCAACACUCUAUCAACAACUUCAAUAAGGGUUCACUUAAUGUAAGCAAUAGCACGUCUGUAUACAGUUACAGACGAACUGGUCAGACAGGCUAAGCAAAUAAUACAUUGGAGGACAGAGACAGUAAAUAUUAAUAUUUCAAAAGUUAAAGUGUAUGUGACUAAGUGAAUUAGGCAAAUGUUUAAAUGGUAUAGGAUAAAUAAGUCUAGGCAACUAAACAAGAACACAUCUUUCAGUCUCAAUGCACCUCUUUUUUAUCAUUGAUCAUAUAUGUGUGGCUUUUUGUUUCUGAUGUCAUUGGGUUCGAUAUCUUUGCGCUGCACAGUAGAGACAGACCAGUCCUUCUUUGGAAAGUCUCCAAACAACUGAGUGUGUAAGGAAGCAGCCACCUGCUGCAGGGUCCUCCCCUCAGUGCUACGACAUCUGGCACACAAGACAGAGAGGAGGCGGAGGAGACACAAACUGAAGCUGCGCUGCUGUAUGUGCAACGACCAGGAGAGAAGAGAAACUCAGCGCUACAGACAAAGAUGGAGUCAAAUCUGACACACAUGGAGGGCAACUUCACAAACUGUCCCUCCAUUGAUGACUUCCGUAACCAGGUUUACUCAACAUCCUACUCCCUCAUCACUGUCUUAGGCUUGGUUGGGAAUGGCUUGGCCCUGGUGGUGCUGAUACGAACGUACCGCCAGAGCUCCCCCUUUCACAUCUACAUGCUGAACCUGGGUGUGUCUGACCUGCUGUAUGUUAUGACAUUGCCAUUGCGAGUUGUCUACUACGUCAAAAAGGGCCAGUGGAGCUUUGGCGAUUUCCUCUGUCGCAUCAGCUCCUAUGCCCUCUACGUCAACCUCUACUGCAGCAUCUACUUCAUGGCGGCCAUGUCAUUCACACGCUUUCUGGCCAUUGUGUUUCCUGUGCAGAACAUGCAGCUGGUGACAGAAUUCCGCUCCAAGCUGGUGUGUGUGUGUAUCUGGAUCCUUAUCUGUCUCUUAUCCUCCCCCUUCCUGAUCACUGGUGAGACAACUGACCUAAUCACAAAUAAAACCAAAUGUUUUGAACCUCCAAAACGUGGAGAAGAGCAGAAACUUAUCAUGCUGAACUAUGUGUCUCUCGUGGUGGGUUUCAUCCUGCCAUUCCUGGUGAUCCUGGUCUGCUAUGCUGGAAUAGUGAGAGCCCUGAUGUCCCGCAACCACGCCGCCCGACGUCAGCGGGUCACGGACACGAGAGUCAUCCGAAUGAUCGUCAUUGUCCUGCUGACCUUCCUCAUUAGCUUCAUGCCCUACCACGUGCAGCGCACCAUCCACCUGAACGCCAUAACCAGGGACUGCUCGGAGAAAGUCGCCCUGCAGAAGUCUGUUGUAGUGACACAAUGCCUGGCUGCUGCCAACUCGUGCUUUGAUCCACUGCUUUACUUUUUUUCUGGAGAAGGGUUCCGCAGCCGCUUGUCCUCCAUGAAGCGGUCAAUGAAGAACAGCACCCAAAACCGUAUUGCCAAGAUGAAAACCACCACUGACCUACAGAUCGUGGAGAACCACCAGCUAAAUGCUAGUUAAUUUACACCAGACAGAACCAGUGUCAUCAAUCAAGAAGCUUAAGAUGGGAUGGAAGAGCUCAGGAUAGUGUGUGCCCUCAUUGACAACAGGAAAUAUUUGAGAGGACACAAAAAACGAAGAGAGAAAGCUUUAACUAUAAGGGCUUUGACCUUACAGGAUGUUGUUUUUCAUUCAAAUGUAUAUUUGUUAUUGUAAUGAAUGCAUAUUGUUCAAUAUUUAGGUGAUGAAUUAUUGCAGUGAACAAUAGCAAGAUAAAUACGCAAACUGGAAUUAAAUAUAUAAAUACAGUGUACCAAUGUAUACAUGUAUUGUACUGAUCUCUUGUACAGCACAGGAUAUUUUGUGCCAAUGUUAAUGUUGGAAUGCAGUUCUUUUUUUACGAUUUAUAAUCUUCCUCUUCUGUGCUGUUGAUAUUUUCUGAAUCGUUCCUGUAAAUAAGAAUCUAGUGUUUUGAUGGGAGUUCUUUGAGGGUAGAGAUAUCGCCUGCAACAACAUCUUCUCCUUCUCUUGAAUACUGGAUGGAACUCUGCUUGUGGUGGUCAAAGGGCAAAAAUAAACAUUAUAAAUGAAUGUAUCUUUCAAGUAAUCCUGACCUGUUUACUCAGGGUAAUCCACAGACCUUGUGAGCGUUUAUGUCUAGGAACAAAAAAAAAUGUUAAGUUUUUUUCAAAUGCAUUCUUUGCAACUUUAAGCACAACAACCAAACUGAAAAUUAAAACUAUAUAGAUUGGUAUAAAUCCCUACAGCUUAAAGGAAAAAUGUGGGUUUUUUUUUCAAUUUGCAGUGAACUGUCCCUUUAAGAAAUGGAGGAGUAAAAGGACACCACUCUCGCAUGAAGGUUAUCAAUCUUCUCAUUUAACAUAUUUCAAAAAAGAUGUCUAACUGUACCUUUAAACAACUUCACUUGUACUGUUGUAUUCAUCAUGUUAUGUAUGAUAACUAUAUCAAUAAAUAAUCCAAUGCAUGUCAGUUCACUAUGCAACCCUCA